CGUGACUGGGUUAUGUUAUAGACUCUACCAGGAAGUAUACAUUAAAGAUCUCUCCAGUUCUCGAUUCUCGCCGUACUAGACUGUGAAAAAGCGAGACUUUACUUGACCGAAAAACUUGUCGAAACAAGAUGGCAUUAUCCCAGUCAGAUGCUCCAAAAACUGUUCCAGGCCUACCAGCUGUUGCCCAACACUACCUGGUGUGUGGCACUGAAGACUGUAAAAAGAACUGUCAGUUUUACUGCAAUCCUUGCCACCGACCAAUGUGUGAACAAUGCAGAGAUGAACAUCAGAAGAGUACAGAAGCCAAGAACCACGAAGUGGUCCCUUACAAACAACGCAAAAUGCAGCUUCCUGUGGAGAAAUGCAAGGAUCACCCAAAUAAAGAUAUAGACAUUCUCUGUGAGGACUGCCAAGUUCCAGUUUGUUCUAAAUGUGCCACACAAAACCAUCAAAAACACACACUUAUAGAUUUAGAGACAAUCUAUUCAGAGAAAUUCACUUCUUGUCUUGAAAAAAUCAAGGAAAUACAUCAGGUUUUUAUCCCGAAUUCACAAGAUGUUCAGAGGGAUAUAAAAGAAAAUGCCAAAGAUAUAAAAGAAAUCAUGGAUAAUGUAAGAAAUAUGAUGAAAACUGAAACCGAAUCUUUAAAAUGUCUGCUGGAAACAGUCACGUCAGAUAAUAUAGAGCAAGUCAAUAAAAUGGAAGAAUCACUUAUGGAGAAUCUUCAGAGUCAAGACAAAACUUAUCAAGAUUACAUCUCCUAUCUUGAGGACCUUGCCAAAAAGUUCAAUGGCUCCCUGUCCUCAACUAAACUUCAUGAUAGUCCACUCAUUUUCUCUCAUUCUGACCAACUAAAAGCCAAACCGAUACCUGAGACAAUUAAACCAGUCCCUCCAGUAUUUACUGCUGGUCGACACAGCAAAGAGGAUGUCAUCAAACUACUGGGUAGAGUAACUGUUCCAGACACCAAACCAGAGAACAGAAAAAUAAAACCCAUGGAGACUGCCUCUACACAGUAUAACAUCAUAAAUAGUUAUUCCUUAUAUUUAAUCGGUUUUUUGUUUCUGCUCACUUUAUUGGUACCUGGUUUAAACAUUUAUGACCAUACAUGGAAACAGAUUAAAGAAAACUGGAAGAAAUCUGACGUGAAACCAACACUGUCUCUGUCCUCCUCUGUCACCAAGGUCAGGGAGUACACAGUACAAGGUGUUCACAAUGUAUAUCAUAUAUCACUCAAUAAAUCGGACAGAGUCUGGGUCAGUGAUUGGAACGGCAACGUUGUCCAAACGGAUCUACUUGGUAAUCUGCUACAGAAGAUACAAACCAGUGGAAAAGAUGAAGGCUACCACACAGUCACACAGGACGGGGAUCUGAUCUAUACAGACAAAAGGAAUAAAGUCAUCAAUAGGAUAACACAGGAUAAUACAUUAACUGAAUUCAUUAAAACAGGAGACUGGACACCUCUCAGCAUAUACUCCUCCCACAUCAACGGCGAUAUACUGGUGGGGAUGAUAAAGUAUGGAGAGGUUAGAGUCACCAGGUACAAUAAGUCAGGGAAAGAAAUACAGAACAUACAGAAGGACAACAAAGGACAGGAACUGUAUAGAUAUCCAUACUACAUCACAGAAAACAUCAAUGGUGAUAUCUGUACAUCAGAAUAUAACAAGAAAGCUGUAGUGGUUGUGGAAAAAUCAGGACAACACAGGUUCUCCUACACUGGUCAGGGGUCUAAGUUUUUUCCCUUUGGUAUAUGUACUGAUCUCCUCGGUCACAUUCUGGUGGCUGAUGGUAUCACUGACGUAGUUCAUCUCCUGGAUCAGGACGGUCAGUUCUUGUCUCUACUACUACCUGCACAGGAUAAAAUAACAGGAUUUCCCCUUAGUUUAUGUGUGGAUGAAGAGAACAAUCUCCACGUAGGACAAAGAAGCACCAAUACAGUGUCAGUGUACAAUUAUCUACACUAGAAAGUGAUCAUUUAACCUCAAAGUACUUGUCUAGAUAUAUAUGUACAGUCAUGUAUGUACAUAUCUGCAUGGUCUCUAUCUAUAUUAAACAGUGAGACUAAAAUUAAACUAAUAACAGUACUUUGCAGUUGACUUUGUGUUGGGAAAAAGAAAAAUAUUAGCAAAUAACAAGUAACAAAUAUAUCAAUAACAUAAUUACAUUUACAUUGUAUAUUUCUACUGGUAUUGUUAUUGUAUGCAUUAUUUAAGGAAUAAUGAAUCUUUCUUUGAGUAUUAUGGGAUGAUAGUUUUGGUAGGGGCGUGGUCAAAUCCAAUAAAGCCCGAAGGGCAUUAUAAAAGAUUUGAUCACGCCCCGACUGAAAUUAUCAUCUCAUAAUAUUCAAAGAACGAUUCCUUAUUAUAUACAAUUAUAUAAUUUUCAUUGUACGAUUAAAUAUUUGAAUAUAAAUAAGCAAACCGCGCAGUUGCGACACUUCAGUGAGCGUUCUCAGGGGAAAAAAAUCAAAGAUUUCAUCGAAAAUUAUUCACUGAUACAAAUUUCUCAUCACCUGUGCAAUGUUCUUGUAAAAUGUACACAGUGACUUAGAGAACUUAAUUUGAAUGCCGAUAUGUACAAUAAAAAUAGAAAAAAAUUAAAGUGCAUGGUUCUUCUAACGUUUUGAUCAUAUGCGUCUCUACAUGUAUAUUAGUAAAUUUUAUCAUACAAGUUAUUGUUCAUAAAAAAAAUCUUCUACUAAAAUUCUUAUUUUCUUUUUUUGCUUCACACUGAUGCGUCGAGAUAUACCGGUAUAGUUUGAAACAAAAGCUAUGAAGCCGUAAAAACUUACUAUUUUGAUCACAAGCCCCACUUUUAUUUUAUUU